AACCUUAAAAUGUCAACACUUGAUUAUCAUGUAGCUGCCAACGAAACAUCAUAUUUUCAAAACGAACCAUCGGCAGGGAUUUCAGAUUUCGGGGAAAAUGAUAAAAAUAAUACUCUAAAAACUUCGCGCAGUCAGCAACCUCAAAUUGAAGACGUACAAGCAUAUAUGAGCGCAAACUCGCGUGCUGGAGAAAUGCAGAAUGAUAUUCCCGAGUUAUCCACAGAAAACACAAAUAUUUCAGAGCCCCUUGAUGAUGACUUCUCCAAUAUUGUAGCCAUAUUUGUCACACGGUUUGACACCAAGAAAGGGAAUAUAAUUGAGUGGCAAUAUCCAAAAGGCAAGACACAUUUAGAUCUUGGUGGAAUAGAAUUCCAGUCAAUACCGAGCGGACUGCAUUUAGUGAGCGAGGAUAUAAUAUAUUUCUAUAGACCCCCCUUUAUCGGAUUAAGUGUAUUUAUGAAUGAACCUACAAUGGACCAAUCUCAAGACCGCGGUGCACAUAUGGCUGCGGUUGGAAUCCUAGUGUCGCCUACUGUGGGAACCGGACUUUGCGGGAGCCCAUGGAGACACAUCGAGCUUUUGCAAGAUGAAGUUAGAAACCAUGUGCAUCUCUCGAACGAUUAUUCCAGUCUCAAACAAUACUUUGAUAAAUAUUCCAUACCUUCCGGUGACAACGUAAUUCCGUCAGGCGGCGGGCCUCCCAAGCUUCAACGAACUUCCUCUAGCAAUUGGUCCCAAUUUUUGCGAACAAGAUGUUUAUCUGUAUCGAGUACUUCCAGUUAUCAGGUGUCUGUCCCAUCCGCUCAUCCUGCUCAACACUUCCCAAAAUUCGUUCGCCUGUGUGGACCAACCAUCUUCAUGCUUUGGAGGGCGGCGCUACUUAAAAAGCGAAUCCUAUUUUACUCUCCUCCACCUAUCAUGGAUGCUUGCUAUUCUGUUUAUGAUACGUGUCUACUUGCUAAUAUUCCAACAUCGAUCACUCGAAUGUUGACGAAUAAGGUCGAAAAGAUUAAACCAUUGUUUAAUGUCGGCGUAAGUGAAAUCCCAUUGGUCGAAUCCAUAGAAGGUGGAUAUGUUGCGUGCACAACGGAUCGAAUAUUACAACAUAAAAACAAUCUCUAUGACCUUUUAGUUAAUCUGCCACAUAAUGAAACUGGUAAUGUACAACCAAUUUUAAUCGCGUCACCCGGAUCAUCCUUAACCACGAACAUAAACGCAACCGACAUUAGACGAUACAGGGUUUUAUUAAAGAUCUUGGCGUCUCAUGGUUUAAAUAAUUAUAAUGUUGAGGAAGAUGGUGGGAACAUGACUGACACAGGGCGUAAAAUGAUGUUUGGUGGCUGGUUCUGGUGGUAUGGAAGGGAUGGAUACCAGAGGUUAGAUGAUAGGGAAGCGGCAGAUGAAAUUUUAUUAAACAAUCAACCAGAGUCCGUACAGGAUGGAUUGAAUCUGUUAAAUAUCGACGGAACUAAAGAUACCUCGGAAAUCGAGGCCCUGACGACAAAUCUAUUCAACGAAUUGCGAACUAUAAUUGAAUCCUCUAUUGCAUACGAUUCUGAGGAAAUAAUUCUUCUCUACCCUGAUCACCUGAUUCAGCUUGGUUUAGAUCCACAUGAAGAUGGUGUUUUCGUUGAAGAAUUUGCGGAAAUGUAUUUCGGUAAAAAGGUUGAAGUUAUAGGGAAAGGCGGUGGUUGUUUAGUUCAACUGUUUAAGAAAUUUUCUGCCUAUUUAGAUGAUUCAUGUUGUUGUUUCAGGUUGUCAGAAGGAUUCUAG